GUGCUGAGUGCAGGGGUUGGUCGCACUGGAACCUACAUUUGUAUUGAAAGCCUUAUUCGACAGUUAAACAAAGAACACGUCGUUAACAUUCGUGGCUUUCUUGAGCAUAUUAGGCAACAGCGAAUGAAGUUGGUCCAAACAGAGCAACAAUAUGCUUUUAUUCAUGAUGCCCUGCGUGAAUAUCUUAUAUGUCCUAUUAAUGAAAUUCCUAUUGAUCGUUUGCCUAUGUUCAUCAAAUACAUGCUCGGUAUCGAUCCCUGUGGCUGUCCCAGAACUUUAAAACAGUUUGAAGAACUUUAG